AGAACCGGGCGACACCGGAGAGUCAAACCCGAACCGGCACCUCGACAGAACCAGCAACGCCAUGCCGUCUCUGCGACACUCCUACACGGUGACGGUCCCGGGACACCCCGGCGGCCUGCCGCUGGACGAACCGGAGCUGCGGCGCAAGCAGCUGUCCCGCUCCAUGCUGGUCAACACCUUCAUGGGUCUGAUCAUCAACCCGGCCAAGAGCAAGAGUCCGCAGGGCCUGGUGGGGCUGAGGAACCUGGGCAACACGUGCUUCAUGAACUCCAUCCUGCAGUGUCUGAGCAACACGUCUGAGCUGAGAGACUACUGCCUGUGGAACUUCCACCUGAUGGAGCUGAACCGCCGGACCAACACGGCGCUCAUGGAAGAGUUUGGAAAGCUGACUCAGAAUCUGUGGACGUCUGCGAACAACGAGGCCGUCAGUCCGUCUGAGUUCAGAAACCAGAUCCAGAAAUUUGCCCCCAAAUUUAUUGGCUGCAACCAGCAGGACGCCCAGGAGUUCCUGCGCUUCCUGUUGGACGGCCUCCACAGCGAGGUGAACAGGGCGGCGGUCCAGCGGAAGGUGUCGGCCGUGGACAUGGACCACGUCCCUGAUGAAGAAAAAGCCCGGCGGACGUGGAACAUGUACCUGGAGAAAGAGGACAGUAAAGUCGUUGACCUGUUUGCAGGGCAGCUGAAAAGCUCUCUGACCUGCACGGUUUGUGGUUUCCGCUCCACCGUGUUCGAGCCGUUUUGGGAUCUAUCAGUUCCGAUCGCACAGAAGAGCUCUGGUGAAGUGACGCUGAAGGACUGCUUGAGGCUUUUCACAAGAGAAGAUGUGCUGGACGGAGAAGAACGACCGACCUGCAACAAAUGCAAAGCCAGGAGAAAAUGCACCAAGAGGUUCAGCAUCCAGAGGUUCCCUCAGGUUCUUGUGCUUCACCUGAAGCGUUUCUCAGACUCAAAUGUCCGAGUGAGCAAACUGAACACCUUCGUCGACUUUCCUCUCAAAGAUCUAGACCUGAGGGAGUUUUCAGCGGACAGCUGCGAGCGUCCCGUCUACAACCUGUACGCCGUGUCCAACCACACUGGGAACGCGCUGGGCGGCCAUUACACGGCGUCCUGCAGGAACCCGGCGCUGGGGGAGUGGUUCAGCUACAACGACUCCAGGGUCAGCCCCAUGUCGUCCAGCCAGGUGCGCAGCAGCAACGCCUACGUCCUCUUCUACGAGAUGGCCAACUCUUCACACGGAAAGUACCAGACGUGUCGGCUGUAGAAACAGAGACAAACCUGCACUCAACUGAGCCUGAACACACGGAGCCUGAGCGCCCUCUGGUGGAGAAGGAACUGCCAUUACAAACUGUGAACGUGGCUUCUGGAAAAGCUUCUUGAAAAGGGUCAAAACUGAAGAAAACGUUGUUUUUACGGCCAUUUUUUUGACACUUUCUUUCAAUAUUUAUAAAUGACCUUUCAAAAGACAUAAUUUAUUAUUUUUAAUUUAUUGUGCUUGUUGACUCCAGCGAUGGUUUGAGGAUGUUUUUAAGUAGAGACAGUGAUAUUUUUGUACAGUAUUUAUGCGCAGCAGAGUGAAAGUGAUGUGACUCCACUUGCUGACUUUACAUCCAAAGUCUGUAAAUGAUUAAAAGUCGUCACUAAAUCAUGA